AUGCCUGACGAAACCACCAACCCCUCCUCCACCAGCGAAGCAUCCGCCGUCCCCACCACUGAUACUAGUGCUGACGCAACCAGCUCUGGCAGCCGCAACAGCAGUGUACUCCAGGCAUUCAAUGAGACGUUCAACGAAGAGUACGAGAGAUUGCAAGCCAAGUACUCUGCAUCUAUUGAGUCUCAGUCCAAUGAUACUUCCCAAUAG